AUGGAUUCGUUUAACGCCAGUGGAAUGGACGCGUUCACGGUGAUCCAUCUCAAUUCCUCCUGGAGCCUGGAUAGUGGAUAUUCUUUAGCAGCAAUAGCCAGCAUUGCUGCUCUUGUAAGUUUUCUCAUUCUCUUUACGGUUGUUGGAAAUAUUCUGGUGGUUAUAGCCGUGUUAACGAGCAGGGCGCUGAAAGCCCCCCAAAACCUUUUUCUGGUGUCCCUGGCCACCGCGGACAUCCUUGUCGCCACUUUAGUGAUGCCAUUUUCUCUGGCGAAUGAACUCAUGGGCUACUGGUAUUUUGGAAAAGUUUGGUGCGGUAUUUAUCUGGCUUUGGAUGUUUUGUUCUGCACUUCGUCUAUUGUGCAUCUGUGCGCAAUAAGCUUGGACCGGUACUGGUCCGUUACGCAAGCUGUAGAGUACAAUCUGAAACGGACUCCCAAACGUGUCAAGUGCAUCAUCGUAAUUGUGUGGCUUAUAUCUGCUUUCAUCUCAUCUCCGCCGCUCAUAUCUAUCGACAGCAACAGUGAUAUCAGCUCUCAGCCUCAGUGCGAGCUGAAUGAUGACACUUGGUACAUCCUCUCCUCCAGCAUCGCCUCCUUCUUCGCCCCGUGCUUAAUCAUGAUCCUGGUGUACAUCAGAAUAUACCAGGUGGCCAAAACCAGAACCAGAAGCAUGUCGGGAAAGAAUCCGAGGCCAGAUGGUGUUACACAAACUGAGAAUGGACUGAGCAAAGUCACCUCUCAUUUCCAUGGCGAGAAGGAGAAUGGUCACUGUCAGUGCCCUCCUACGCCCAGCCAUCACACCGUCACCAUUGGGCAGACUGAGGACCCUGAUAUAGAGGAGAGCUCCUCUUCAGAGGGCAAAGGUCACAAACAGCAGUGCCAAGACACCCAUAGAGCAAAGAGGGCCAGCCAAAAGAAAAGCGCCCACUCCAAACAGUCCACUCGCAUCUCCAGAGUCAGUAACAAAUCCAUGGAUCUCUUCACCUCCAGGAAGAAACGUCGCCGGAGCUCGAUGGCCAGGAAAAAGGUCUCACAGGCCAGGGAGAAGAGGUUUACAUUCGUCCUGGCUGUGGUCAUGGGGGUGUUUGUUGUGUGCUGGUUUCCAUUUUUCUUUAGCUACAGCCUACACGGUGUGUGCAGGGACUCCUGUAAGAUCCCCGACCCCCUCUUUAAAUUCUUCUUCUGGAUUGGCUACUGUAACAGCUCCCUCAACCCUGCCAUUUACACUAUCUUCAACCGGGACUUCAGGCGAGCCUUCCAGAAGAUCCUCUGCAAGUCGUGGAAAAAAUCCUUUUAG